AUUCAUUCCUUCUUUUUGAGAUUAGCCGCCAUACUUGGCGUUUUGUAUCAAGAAGUUUUUACUUCAUUAUUCCAUAAAUUGUUUAGUAAUCGGGUGAUUACUAAUUAAAAAACAUGGUACAAAAGAAGCCCAAGAAGAAGGUUGGAAAAAAGGUAGCUGCUGCUCCCUUAGCAGUAAAAAAAGUCGAACCUAAAAAGGUAACUAAUCCUUUAUUUGAAAAACGUACCCGUAAUUUUGGUAUUGGUCAAGACAUUCAGCCAGCUCGAGACCUUAGCAGAUUCGUAAGAUGGCCAAAAUACAUUCGUAUUCAACGUCAAAGAGCUGUCCUUUACAAACGAUUGAAAGUCCCACCACCAAUUAAUCAAUUCACCCAAACACUUGACAAACAGACAGCCACACAACUAUUCAAAAUUUUGGAAAAAUAUAGGCCUGAAUCUGCUGAAGCUAAAAAGAAGAGACUAAAGGCUAGAGCUGAAGAAAAAGUGGCUAAAAAAGAAGAUACUCCAACAAAAAGGCCAAAUGUUCUGAAAAGUGGAAGCAAUACUGUGACUACUUUAGUUGAACAAAAGAAAGCUCAGUUAGUCGUCAUUGCUCAUGAUGUCGAUCCAAUUGAGAUUGUUCUUUUCCUUCCGGCUCUUUGUCGUAAAAUGGGAGUACCUUACUGUAUUGUAAAAGGUAAAGCACGAUUGGGACGUCUUGUUCGACGCAAAACAUGCACAGCUGUCGCUCUAACACAGGUUGACUCUGCUGAUAGAGCCAAUUUCGGCAAGGUAGUUGAAGCUAUUAAAACGAACUUUAAUGACCGUUACGAUGAAAUCAGACGUCACUGGGGUGGUGGACUUCUCGGUAGCAAAUCUGCUGCUCGUAUUGCUAAGCUUGAAAAAGCUAAAGCUAAAGAACUUGCCCAAAAGCAAGGUUAAACCUUUAAAAUAAUGGUUUGUAUAUUCGAAAAUGCAAUCAAUAAAAACGGAAAAAUGAAGCAAAAGAUUAAAAAUUCAAA